AAACAACAACGGCUUACAGAAAAAGUUUGAAAGAGGCCCAGGAGCCCAAUAGAGUAAGUGUACAAAACACAGCCCAAACCUGAGUCUAUUGAUCGGCAUCUUUAGGAAGUGAAGAAAGCGGGGGAGCCGUCUGUGGUUAGGGUUUUCGGGGCGCAGAGGGCAAAAGCUGGUUGGUUGAAAGGCGACUGAGCGGGAAGAAGCAGCAGCAGCAGCCAUGGCUAGCACCAAAGUUCAGAGGAUUAUGACCCAACCUAUCAACCUGAUAUUCAGGUUUCUUCAAAGCAAAGCUCGAAUUCAGAUUUGGCUCUUUGAGCAGAAGGAUUUGAGGAUUGAAGGCCGCAUCAUUGGUUUUGAUGAGUACAUGAAUUUGGUCCUGGAAGAUGCUGAGGAAGUCAACAUAAAGAAGAAGACCACGAAGCAAUUGGGGAGGAUACUUCUGAAGGGGGACAAUAUCACAUUGAUGAUGAACUCGUAUGGCUAAGCUCUCUCUCUCUCUCUCUCGUGAAGCCCAUGGGUAAAUGAUGUUCCUGGCUUUGAUGCCUAGAUGUUCGUGAAUGUUUCAGUUACUACCAGCGCACUUGGAUGGUUUAUUUUCAGUGAUGAUGUAUUCUAGAUACUCAAUAGCUUUUCUCUUAUUCAUAGCUUUAUGUCUCAGCUAUUAACUUUUAGUAUGAGCUGGUAAGCCAAAUUGUAUCUUCCAGAAUUGUUGUAUGAAUUGGGCAAUGGCUUCAAAUUCAAUUGCCUAUUAUGUUUUCUCCUUCGUCAUUAGCCAAUUAGGGAUAAUCUUUAGGCUCAUUAUUAUUUUCGUUUAAGUGUUGUAUUUCCUCUUUUGGGAUGCUGGGACUACUUGCUCUUAUAAAAAAUUUUAACA